CUGCAGGUGAGGGCAGAAGACAGUUCACCGGGCACUUCUCUCUUCCCUGCGCUGGUCCCAGUCAUGGGUUUUUCUCUCUACCUCCAGACCCUGCUUCUUCUGUUCCCUCAGUGUAAAGCUCAGUGGUGUUACCAAAGCCAGUACUGUGAUGACACAUGCAAAGACCCAAGCCGCUGGGCAAAUCAGUUCCCCAGCUGCGGAGGAUUACGCCAGUCCCCCAUUAACAUUGUCACCAACAAAGUGCACAUCAACAGCGCCCUGCCCACCUUCAACUUCAUCGGUCACAGUGAAACAAUCAACAUUACGCUGGAAAACAAAGGACACUCUGCCCACUUCGCCCUGCCACAGUCAGUGAGGUUGUCCGGUGGAGCUUUACCGGGAACGUACAGAGCUGCCCAGUUUCACUUCCACUGGGGAGGGGAUGGGAGACCUGGCUCCGAGCACACAAUUGAUGGGGAGAGGUUCCCCAUGGAGCUGCACAUAGUCCAUAUUAAAGAGCCUUAUGGCUCUCUGACAGAGGCAGAACAUGACAUGGCAGGUAUAGCUCUGCUCGCCUUCUUGUUUGAGGAAACAACAGAGGAUCACCCUCAUUUGGACACAGUAAUUGAUGCUUUGGGCCGAGUACAAAACAACGGCAGCAGCACAGUGAUCCCAGACUUCCGGCUGGCAGACAUCAUCCCGGCUGCUAAGGACCUCCACAGUUACUACCGCUACGUUGGCUCCAUGACCACUCCAGGCUGUGAGCAGGCUGUCGCAUGGACCUUGUUUCACAGGACUUUGUCCAUCAGUAGUCGACAGCUGGACGCAGUGGUUAAGCAGUGCCGCUUUUGGACGGGGCUCCCCAUGACAGACAUCUUCAGACCCACGCAGCCUCUGGAUGGCAGGGUGGUGUACUCCUCCAAGUCGGGGACGGCUAAGAGGGGUGUGAUCCAUUUGUGGUUCAAUGUUUUCUCCGUCAUCCUUGCAACUCUGGCUCUGAUACACUAAAUCCGCUCCUGUAUUUGUGCGUCUGAUCCAUCAAAAGCAAAGCCACUGUGGUGAGACGCUGACACGUUUGUAUAAUGCCUCUUAAGUGUCAGGGAGGGGAAAUAUUUUACACAGGACAUCCAUGCACUUUGCACACAUACAACCUCUACAGGUAGAAUAACAUAAAAGGCCAGCCUUUCUCUGUGGAUCAGAGCUAAAGCUGUUUUGAGGUCAUUUUCAAGUAAAAAAAAUUAACUGAACAACUAAAUCUGUCAUUUUUGAGG